GAGGAAUGGCAAUUGGGGGCGUGGCAUUUGUCAUGACGUCACACAGAGCGGCUGCUUCUCCUUUUAAAGCCGCUGGUGCCUGACGGACAGACAGACUUUAAAUACCGACUCCGCCGGGAACUCUGACAGCUCUGCGCAGCGGGACGCACUCUCUUCGGUCCGGACGCGCUCUUCCUCCUCCUCCUCCUCGGAUGGAGCUGCUGCUGCAAUUCCUGCACAGUCUGCACCGCCGCCGGGACUGAAGUCGUGAGCAGCUCCGCUUCUUUUUUCUUUUUCUUUUUUGAUUAUUUUUUAGGGGAAUAAUAGGACUGUUCUCGGUUCCGCCGUCCUCUCUGUCUUCCAGCAGGCCGCCGUCUCCUCCGUGACUCUCUGUUCCCAUGCGAUUCUUCAGACUCACAUUCAAGUGUUUCGUGGAUUGUUUUUGAAGGUCGCUGUCCGAUCGUCGGUGUAAAUCCCUUUCUUUUAUUUUUAUUUUUAUUUUAUUUUUCAAAUUAAACCCCUGUAAUUCGAGACCCCCCCCCCCUUUUUUUUUUUAAAUAACAGACUUUCUGAAUUUGUGACCUCUUUUUAAAAAAAUAAAAUAAAAAUAAAAACAUUAUUGAAUCAUCUGAAAAAGAGCUGGCGUCAUAAAUAAGAGACCAGAGUCUGGAUCCUCGGCUGCACAGAGGAAGAAUCACGUUUCUUCUGGUUGUGAGUGAGGAAGAGUGAGAGAGGGGCAGAGGAUAAAGGUCCUGCUCCUGACCCUCUGUCUCUGAGUGACUGUUGGUCUGUAACUGGCCGCUGGCUGGUUUAGUGGGACUCUGAGAGGAGGUGAACAGGAGGUGUGGAAAACUGAGACUGUGGGACUAAAAGGAGAAAAAGAACUCAGUCUUUAAAGAGACAAAACCUUCAAAAUAAAAGCACGCUGAGGUGGACUGGUGUUUUACUGGUUUAUGUGGUACCUGACUGGUUGCUUGGACUUGAGUUUUGGGGACUUCUAAAAAUACAAAAAGCCAAAUUAAAGGGAAAACACCCCCCAGCCUUUGUUGACUGGUAUCUGACUGCUUUUUAGGAGUGAGAAACUGACUUUAAGGAUUAUAAUCUGCAGGAAUUAAAACACUCUAAAGUGGGAAUCACAGCUGACUAUUCCUUCUGGUUUCUAACUGGUGUCUGGGUUUAGGAGUGAUUUAAAAAGACUGAAAUCUGAAGAAAAUAAAGGGAUUCUAAGUGGGAACCAUUGCUGACUAUUCCUACUUGUCUGACUGCUAACCUAAGUGGGAACUGUGGGGAAACACCUGAACAGAAAUAAGAGAUAUUGCAGACAUAACCUGCAGGAAUUAAAGGGAAUACAGAGGCUGAAUAUUUGGAGCACUUCCUGACUGGUUCCCAUUCUGUGAAUGAUGGAGAAGCAGGCUCUUCCAGCCUCCUCCUGCUCUCUGGUUCUCCUGGAGGAGACCAAAAAGAGCCCCAUAACUCUCUCUAACGGGGGCGGUGGCAGUGGUUAUGCCCCUGCGGCCGCUAAUGGCAGCCUCGUCCGCUGACAGUGGCGGGGACAGGCGUCGCUGGUGGAGUGGUGGGGACUGGUUGUGUUGGACAGGACAAAAAAGGUGGUGUGGUCAACGGAGUGGGGCCUGGUUACCAGGAGCGGGAAACCUGGACACGACAGAUGGACUUCAUCAUGUCCUGCGUGGGCUUUGCUGUAGGACUCGGAAACGUGUGGAGGUUCCCCUACCUGUGCUACAAGAACGGAGGAGAAUUGAAAGGGUUAAGAAGAGGGUACCGGGAUCCUUGAGGGCAUUCUCCGAGUGCCUAAAGACUUACCAAAGGUGUGUUUCUGAUCCCCUACCUGCUGAUCGUGUUCGUUGGAGGAAUCCCCAUCUUCUUCCUGGAGAUCUCGCUUGGUCAGUUCAUGAAAGCGGGAAGCAUCAACGUCUGGAACAUCGCGCCGCUGUUUAAAGGACUGGGUUAUGCCUCCAUGGUGAUUGUGUUUUUCUGUAACACCUACUACAUCAUGGUGCUGGCCUGGGGCUUCUACUACCUGAUCAAGUCCUUCACCGCCACGCUCCCGUGGUCCUCCUGCAACAACGAGUGGAACACGCCCAGCUGCAUCGAGAUCUUCCAUCACCAGGACUGCAAAAACGCCAGCUUCGCCAACAUCACCGUCGGCAGCAGCAACAUGACCUGCGCCGACCUGGCCGACGCGCGAUCGCCCAUCAUCGAGUUCUGGGAAAACAAAGUGUUGAGCAUCUCGUCUGGUCUGGACGAACCGGGGAAGAUGAACUGGGAGCUCAUUUUGUGUCUGAUGGCUGUCUGGGUUCUGGUUUACUUCUGCGUCUGGAAGGGAGUCAAAUCCACCGGGAAGAUUGUGUACUUCACGGCCACCUUUCCCUACGUGGUCCUCAUCAUCCUGCUGGUCAGAGGGGUGACCCUGCCCGGAGCCUACGAUGGCAUCAUGUACUACAUCAAACCUGACUGGUCCAAACUGGAGGAGGCUCAGGUGUGGAUAGAUGCUGGCACUCAGAUCUUCUUCUCCUACGCCAUCGGCCUUGGUGCUCUGACCGCUUUAGGCAGCUACAACCGCUUUAACAAUGACUGCUACAAAGAUGCCUUCAUCUUGGCGCUCAUAAACAGCGGGACAAGCUUCUUCGCCGGCUUUGUCGUGUUUUCUAUUCUCGGCUUCAUGGCUGCGGAGCAGGGAGUCGACAUAUCACAGGUCGCUGAAUCAGGUCCAGGUCUGGCCUUCAUUGCAUAUCCGAAGGCAGUCAGUCUGAUGCCGGUGGCCCCGCUGUGGGCGGCACUCUUCUUCUUCAUGCUGCUGCUGCUCGGACUGGACAGUCAGUUUGUCGGGGUGGAGGGUUUUGUUACCGGGAUUCUGGAUCUGUUUCCUGGAAAGUAUUAUCAUCGCUACAAAAGGGAGAUCGCUGUGGCGAUAUGCUGUUUACUCUGCUUCAUUAUUGACCUCUCCAUGGUGACACAGGGAGGGAUGUACGUCUUCCAGUUGUUUGACUACUAUUCGGCCAGUGGGAUGACUCUGUUGUGGCAAGCAUUCUGGGAAUGCAUAGUAGUUGCCUGGGUCUACGGUGCUGACCGCUUCAUGGAUGAUGUGGCUCGUAUGAUUGGCUACCGGCCCUUCCCCUGGAUGAAGUGGUGCUGGUCUUUUAUAACUCCAUGUGUCUGCAUGGGUAUCUUUCUGUUCCACCUGGUGAACUAUAAGCCCCUGACCUACAACAAUGUGUACGUGUACCCAUGGUGGGGCGAGGUGAUUGGCUGGUGUCUGGCUCUGUCCUCCAUGCUGUGCAUUCCUGUCAGCCUUCUCUACAAACUCUUUAGAGCCAAGGGAACCUUCAAAGAGCGUUGGGCCCACCUGACCACUCCGGUGUGGGGAGCCCAUCACUUGGAGUACAUGGCCCCGGAUAUCAAGUCCUUGAGCUCCAUGUCGCCCGGCACCGAUGACAACAAAGUCAUCAUCUUCGAGAGUGUCAUGUAGGCAGGACUCCAUCCCUGUCCAUCCAUCCCAACUCCGACUAGACAACCGACAGCACCACACUCGACCUUCAGCGUUACCUCCAACCCAUACAGAGGCCUCAGAAAGGACUCGAAGUGAUUGAUUAGAUUUGUGGACUGAUUGAUUGCCUUGCCCUUCGAUUAACUGAUUGAUGGGUCUCCUUGGACCUAUUGAUCAGUUGGUCUCUUCAUGUCACUAGAAUGACCAACGCUAAAGAUUUUUUUUAAUACCUAGAAAAGAACAAAGCAGAAGAGGAGUGACACAGCUCCUUCAGGAAGCUUUUCAUAAUCCCAACAACCUCGAACAACCAGGAAAAAGAAAUACUCUCCCUGAAUGUGGAUAAAAUGCUAAAUAAGGGUAAUCUAAAGUUUUCACUAAAGGCAGAAUCAUUUUGUGUUCUCUAAAAAAACAAAACAAAAGCGUGUCUGCUGUCGAGGUCGAAGUCGGAGGUCAGGUUUCCUCCAUCACCGAUAAUCGGUAGUAUCAAUGCAAUCUUCUCUCUGAGUGGGUGGAAUGAAAGUGCAAACGUUAACUAAUAAACUGCCAUUACAUAAAAUCAUCUCAUUAUUAAACGUUAAAGGGACUUGUGCUCACUGAUUUUUAUUUUAAGCUGGAGUUCGGCGUACUUAUUGCUCUGUGUUGUUUUUAAAUUUACGAUUCUGGAUCUCCAGUAGGUGUAAUGGCCGUUUAUUCACACAGACAGAGUUCUAGACAGACAGACUGACUGACACCCAGAAAAUUAACAGAGGUCAUUUGCUUUGCAACAGGAUUUAAUAAAUGACAGGAAAUAGUCUGAGACUCAGUCCCGUCGUCAAACAUAAAAAGGGAAGAAAAGAUCAACCGAGAACCAGAACUAUCGGGUAAAACGAUCUCCAGGACUGGAGAGUAAAAAGUUCAACCUCCUGUUAUCAAGCAAACCAGCGGUCCAGGAAGCCAGACUGAGCUCAGAGAGUUCCUCAGACACCUCUUGGUGAGCAUUUUGAUUGUUGAGGCCCAAAUCCUAAAACCCAAACUGCUGCUCUGAUUCCUUUUGGACGUUUCAAUAUGUCGGUGCACCUCUGCUGAAGCUAAAUACUACAAAUCACCAGCUUUUUACUACUGAUCCCAGAACAGUCCUGGCUCCUGAGCAGUGUCGUGCUUCUCUGACCGCUGACCUCUGAUCUGCAACAACAGAUCUGAUCUCAGAGGGAAAUGUCCAGAGAGACUUCAGUCAGAGUUAUAACGAGGGCUUUAAAUUUAACACAAUCAAAAACAAUUAAUAAGAGCAGUAAAAUCUUCUCAGAGCUUUUAACCCCAACCAGGGUGAAUACACGACAACACUGCAGCUUCUUAGCUGUGAAAAUAUUUCACAUUAUCCAACAGAAAACACACAGAUGCCAUCAGCUGUCGAAACUGAUUUGAAACUAGACUGAAAUCUCACUGGAUCUGACCUUUAACCCCUCCCUGUCAUGUGUCUGACCUCCCUGUGAGGAGGUUCAGGCCUGCGUGAGAAUCAGGUCAGAGGUCGGGCUUCGUUCAGUGUCCCCCAGGUCGACUAAAGUGCCAAAUGGGGCGCUGCCCGCCCUGCAGGGCUGAUCCUAGACCAGGGCUCCAGGCUGCCAAAAUCAACCUGUUAGCUCUUCUAUCUGCCUCGUCUCAGUCUCAUCGAUGCUGCAGUCCUCCAUCCAAACCUCACUUCUUCCUACUGAACCACUGAUGGUGGCACCUUUCUGAAUUGAAAUAAGAAAACUAGUAUCAAUAAAAUGGUAAUAUAAGUACAUCAGUGCUCUUCCUUACACAAUGCAUUGACCGAGUAACACUAACUCACAUUCAUGAAGUUAAACUGCAAUAUAUGCACAAUUACUUUACUUAACUUAAACUUAAAACACUUAAACACAUUUUUAAAUAAAAAUAAACUAAAACAAGAAAUCACACUCACACACUGUCAGUUGUAGACAAAUUUAUGUAACUGUACACAAUUAAAUAUUAUUAUUUGUAUAAAAUUAACAGCAGAAAAUGACAGUAAGGGAUCAUUUUUAUUGCUUAAACUGAUAAAUUUGAUUUAGCUGGGUGCUACACCUUUUUUUUUUUUUUUUUUUUUUUUAACUGAAAAAUAGCAUGGGGCUAAUUUCUUGUGGUAAUGAUUUUAUAACGUUGGAAAUGUGUGAACCCUGUGCAAAUCUUCUGCACCAUACAGAUGAGCAGAUACUAAAGUACUGAAAUACCGUAUAAAAAGUGUUCAAAUUUAAGAAAAAUUGCUGAAGUGAAACAUGAACGUCAAAAUUAGCUACAAAAACUAUCAGUAGGACUUCCACUGAUUUGCUUAGCGGACCCAAAAUGCACGUUUAGUCUGAAGACCAGAAAAAGACCCAAUUUGACUUUAGAACCGAGUCCGUGUUCACCUGCAGUCCGGUCAGCUGGUGGAGACAUGAGAGCCGGAGGACUCAGUGUGGUGCCAAGCAUUGCCUUACAUUGUUGUCUUAACUCUAGAGCCUGAACGGUUGACUAGCCAAACCCAGAGCCCUACAGGACGUCCUGUGUACGGCUCUGGUUUAUAUCAAACCAAUCAGCAGUCUGCGGGGGCGUGUCUACAACUCUGUCUCCUAGCAACCCCUCACCAUCCACCCAUCAUGGGGAACUUUAAUAAUUAGAAUGUAAAAUAUGCGAAAAUUACAUACAUUUGCACAUUGCUGUAAAAAAAGAAAUAAUGUUGCUAGCACUUUUAAAAAAAGAAUCGUGUUAGAAAUCGCGUUUUGUUUUACAUAUUGUAAGAUGAAUCAGAGAUUUAUUUUAUGGAGGCUUUUAUUUUGCUGAUACAUACAAUAUGACAAAUAUAUAUAUAUUGAAUAUCUUUGUGUGUUAUCUAUAUUUGAUGCAGUAUAUAAUUGCGAUAAUGAUGAUGAUGAUAAAGAUUUCUGGCUGAUUGUUCACGUUUAGCUGGCGAACACAAGCAAAGCGGUGCCUCGAGCUUUAGGCUACCUCACUCCUCAUUCAAACUUUCAAAGCAAAUUUCUUUUAGCUUUUUAUGCAAAGGUUUGUCAGCAGUACCGGCUGGUAGCAGGAGGGGAUUGUGGGAAGUUUCUCCAACGCCAAUAAAAACAAAAAGUCAUGCUUUAAAACAACUUAAACUGGGGACUUUUAGGUUGAAUUUUUAAACAUUUAAUGUUGCUGAUACACACUGAUGCUGCGAGGCCUUUACACAGGUGUCUGACUAGCUAACGUGAACAACCAGCGUAGGGCGGGGCUAUUAUUCUGGCGGGUUUGCUGCGAUGCAGUGAUAUGAAGAAUGUCGAGGUUUCGUGUGGCUCUGAGCAAACUUCGAAAGGGAAUCUGUUGGGUUCUCUCUUUUACUUUUACUGACUUGUAAUGUUCAAAGUGCUCAAGUGUUUGAAGAGUUUUAGCUUUAGAUGAUUUUUAUUUGUGUUUUAAUCAAUAUCAGUGUUCUCCCAAUGACCCACCCCACGGCUCUCACGUCAUUACCUGAGUUUGAUAGAAAAGUAUGACAAACAAUCCUUUAAAGUCAAUUUGCUGAUAAUUGCUGACUGUAACUGCCAUUUGAAAUAAUUAGUAAGCUCCUGCCACUCACUAUCUCAGUAUAGUGAGGUAGUCAGACCUGGAGUGACAGUGCCAACAUGCGUGCAGCUGAAAAGAAAAACAAAAGAAAACACUAAGAUACUCCACCGGUUAGUUUAAGACAGUAAUUACAGCCAGAUACCCGAGAACUUAAAGAACAGCAUUAGCAGAAUCAGCGCGGACCAAAACUGACACGAAUCUGGUUUCUGUAUUUAAUCUCUGGCUUAAAGCCCUGUUCAGUCAGGAUGGAUGGAGGUUUUUAAUCCAGUCAAACAAAUGAGUUGGAUGAAAUGGUUAAAUUCAAAAACCUGCAUCCUUUACAACAAUGAUAAAAGUCGCCCUCCAUCAUGUUUGGUUUAUGCAAAGUAAGAAGUCAACAUAGCAUAAUGGACACAAACAAGACAAACUCAGUCAUUUUCAGACCACAAAUGGAAACCUAAUACCUAAGUCGUCAGCUCGAAAAUACUUCAAUACAAACCCUUCUUUCAGUUAUUGUACACAACUAAUUCAAUAGACCAACUUAAGUGACUUAAAAAACAGUUUUUGGGCCCUGUAGUAAUAUCGACUGUAAAGUCAAACAUCAUCUGCAUAAAAAAAAUGCUUCAAAAAACACAAAUCUUUGGAUUUGGUAUGACUUCUACUUCCCAAUUAUAUCAAUACCUCUGAUGUAAAUCUAUAUUAAAAGUUUGAUGUUUUUUUUUUUUUUUUUUAAAAAGCCCAUAGUUAGCCUGAGAAUCUUCCCGUUUUCUUCAGUAUCAGCGACCUGAAAAUAAUUGUGCUUCUCACUGAGAAAAAACAAAGAAAGGGAAAAAAAAAAAAAAAGUGAACAAAUCAAAAAAUAAGGAGAAAAACAAAAAUGUAUGAGAGCAAAAUAAAGAAUGGUUUUAAAUUACAGAACACAGAGGAAUCCUGUUUAUGAGGAGCUUAUUGUGGUUGGAAUUUUUACAGUUACUACCCAAAUACACAAAAGACUCUUCCACCUCUCAAAGAGAAAACCACCUUAAAUGGGGUUUAAGGGAAAGAGUGCAGAGCUCAGACGAGCCAGCCAGUUCCCAGAAUGUUUAAGAUUCAUCUGUCGAUCGAACUUUUCAUAUUUAAAUGAGAAUCCAAAGCGAGGAUGCCUUUUGUGCAGCGUUCUGCUGCAGUGUGCUGGGACGUCUUCUAGGAGCCAAAACAAAAGUCGUCAGCUCGAAAAUACUUCAAUACAAACCCUUCUUUCAGUUAUUGUACACAACUAAUUCAAUAACGGAUCAGAGACAAAGUUUCUCAUUUUUAAAAUGUACAGACAACUCACUAAGUUAUCAGUAACUAAUGUCACUGAUAGCUGCUAUUUCAUUAAUAAAACUAAACCUACAGCAAUAACCAAUCAAACUCACCGUUUAAUGUUCAAUGUUUGAGUUUUUAAAAAGUUGUAUUGUAGUGUUCUCGUCUUGUUUCUGGACUGGAGCCUGGGUGGGUCAGAGUGUGAAAAAAACAAAAAGAAUCUACAGCCAUUUAAGAAAAUGAACAUGUAUGUUACAAAAUCAA